UGUAUUUGUAACUGGCGCGCGAUUGUGGCGACAACGACUUUCCGAUAUUCGUAGUCGAAAAUGUCAAACGAUAUGUCAUUUUUAAACAAAACACACGUAUUCUACGCCGGAGACUACAUACAGUUUGGCAAUGUGUUGUGUAGAAGGAAUUAAAAACCGAAUGAAACAGAUGUAAAAAAUAUAAACGAAACCAGUCGGCCGCAUAGAGUACAACAACCACGUAUACAACCAUACACGUUUGCGAGAAAGAAAAAAACAAGAUACACCACUGAAAGAAUAGUCAAUGAUUUUUUUUUAUAAACAUUCACACACUUUUUCACAUCUUUUUAAAUGAUAAAGUAUCGAGUGUUAUUUUAUAUCAAACAGUUUACACUUUCACUUGGUGUUGGAUGGAUGUUAGAAAAUCGCUAGCUUCUGUUAACGCUUAACUAACUGUGUUCAGUGGUGAUUAAUUUGGUGUAAUUGUUUUUCUCUACAAAUUCAUUAAACCGACUAGACAAUUAAUUGUUCGACACCAACAACGACGAAAUUUUGCUAUCCAUCAAUAUGACUGCAAUUGAAACACUUCGUAAACACCUGGAAAAAUAUGGACAAGAGCAUUUAAUUAAAUUUUGGGACGAGAUUGACGACGAGCAGCGACGUCAAUUGAAGCAAGAAAUCGACGAACUGAACUUCAGUGAACUGCAAUCAUUUUUUGAACGUGUCACUAAAUCGAAUGAAAGUGAAAAUGAGGAAAAGUUGGACGAUAAAUUGCAGCCUAUUGAAGAAUCACAAUUCCUUUCGAUUCGACGAACUUCGCCAUUUUUAAUUAAGAAAUAUGAAAUGGAAGGGCUAUCGCACAUUGCCGCAGGUCAUGUAGGCGUUUUGCUAAUGGCUGGUGGCCAAGGUACUCGAUUGGGUUUCUCACAUCCAAAAGGAAUGUAUGAUGUUGGUUUACCAUCCAAGAAAAGUCUUUUCCAAAUACAAGCCGAACGAAUCCGAACUCUGCAGCGUCUCGCAACGCAGCAAACCGGCAAAACUGACGGCCGCAUCACCUGGUACAUAAUGACCAGCGAACACACAAUGGAGCCAACGAAAGCAUUUUUUGAGCAACACAACUACUUUGGAUUAAAUGCUAGCGAUGUGAUUAUGUUCGAGCAGGGCAGUUUGCCCUGUUUCGGUUUUGAUGGCAAAAUUUUAUUGAAUGAAAAGCAUGUUAUUUCAAAGGCACCAGAUGGGAAUGGCGGUAUUUACCGUGCCUUAAAGUCUCAAGGUAUUUUAAAUGAUAUGGAGCGUCGAGGAGUUUUAUAUUUGCAUGCACAUAGUGUAGACAAUAUUUUGAUAAAGGUUGCUGAUCCAGUAUUCAUCGGUUACUGUGUGCAACAGGAAGCCGAUUGUGCGGCCAAGGUUGUUGAGAAAUCACAGCCCAACGAAGCAGUGGGAGUUAUUUGUGUUGUAGAUGGUAAAUAUCAAGUCGUUGAAUAUAGCGAAAUUUCAACAAAAACCUCGGAGCUACGUAAUUUAGACGGUCGAUUGACAUUUAACGCCGGAAAUAUAUGCAAUCAUUUCUUUAGCACUGAAUUCUUAAAUAAAAUUGGCAAUAAAUUUGAAAAAAGUUUGAAAUUGCACGUUGCCAAAAAGAAGAUUCCAUUUAUCGACAAUGCUGGCAAACGGUGCACACCAGAAAAACCGAAUGGCAUUAAAAUAGAAAAAUUCGUUUUUGAUGUAUUUGAAUUUGCUGAAAAGUUUGUUGUAUUGGCAGUCGAACGUGAAGAAGAGUUUAGCCCAUUGAAAAAUGCGGACAGUGCGGGGAAAGAAUGUGCGACAACUGCCCGCAAAGACAUUUAUCGAUGCCAUAAAAAGUUAAUCGAAGCAGCUGGUGGAAACGUCGACGGUGAUGGUGUUUGCGAAAUAUCAUCACUGCUAUCGUAUAGCGGUGAAGGACUUAAAGAAAUUGUCAAUGGACAAACUUUCACCCCUCCAAUUUAUUUGAAAAGCAAUGAAGAGGUGCACAAAACAACCAAUGGAUACGGACACUAAUUCCACUAACACCAACUACUUAAUCAAACCUAUACAGAAUUAAACACGUAAACUUUUUUUUCCACCGAUGUUUUUCUCUUCCUUUAUUGCAUUUGAAUUAAUUCCCAAAUUUAUUCGUGCGACCAACAUUUUAAUGUCAAAUCUAUCUCGAUAUCGCAGAUAAAAAAACUUAUUGAAACAUUCUAUGAUGCGGCCACAAAUUGUACAUAUUUUUUUGUUAGUAUCAUUUUUGUGACCGUUCUUUUACGAAAAAAUUUUAAAAAGAUAAUAGUAAUUAGCAUUGAAAUUUCCAAGUAUUUGAGGACACAUAUGUUGUAUGUAUUUGUCAUCGUAGUUCUAAUUUCUUUGUAACUUCGUGUUACAACUCUGUUUUUUUUUUACUUAAAUUUGUAUAAUAUCAUUUAUUCAAUAAUAUGUUAUAAACGAAA